AUGUAUUUUUUUCAUCUAAUUCUCUUCCUUUUCUCUCCUAAUAUAUUCUCUCUUCUUCAGUUCCUUCUCUUUCUCUUGCACUAUCUUUUGACUUUUAAAAAACCUCUCAUUGAAAUAUAUAGUCACUCUUUUCAAUUUCUUUUCUCUCUCUCUCUGGCUAGCUUUGUUUCUUCUGUCUCUCUUUUGAUGUAUUUUUCAUCUAAUUUCUUCCUUUUCUCUCCUAAUAUAUUCUCUCUUCUUCACAUCUUUAACUUUAUAAAUUCCUUUUUUCCUUUUGCUCUUCUCUCUCCCCCUCUCCCACACAAUAUCUCUCACAUUAUAACUCUAUUCUUUCUCCUCUCCUUCUUCUUGACUCCGUUCUCUCCUCCCCCUCUCUUUCUUCCCGACUCCGUUCUCUCCUCACCCUCUCUUUCUUCCCGACUCCGUUCUCUCCUCACCCUCUCUUUCUUUCUCGUUCUCCUCACCCUCUCUUUCUUCCCGACUCCGUUCUCUCCUCACCCCUCUCUUUCUUCCCCGACUCCGUUCUCUCCUCACCCUCUCUUUCUUCCCGACUCCGUUCUCUCCUCCUCUCUUUCUUCCCGACUCCGUUCUCUCACCCUUUCUUUCCUCACCCCUCUCGUUCUUCCCUCGUUCUCCCCUCUCUUUCUUCCCGACUCCGUUCUCUCCUCACCCUCUCUUUCUUCCCGACUCCGUUCUCUCCUCACCCUCUCUUUCUUCCCGACUCCGUUCUCUCCUCACCCUCUCUUUCUUCCCGACUCCGUUCUCUCCUCACCCUCUCUUUCUUCCCGACUCCAUUUUUCCUCUUUCACUUAUGUUUUUUCCUUCUUUUUGUUUCACUCUCUUUACUUUUACUCUUUCUCUAUUAUCUCCUUUCUUUUAAAAAUCCCUUCUCUUUUCUCUACUUCUUUCUUUAUUUGUUUUGAUCUUUCUUUUUAUGACUCAUUUAUUCUUUUUCCCUCCCUUUUUUGUUCAUUCUUUUCUUCCUCUCUCUCUUUGUCCUGUGUCGCUACUUUUUAA